AUGUCCGAGCAAACCUACACCGAAGCCAUCAAGGAGAAGGCGCAGGGCGCCUACGAUGCCGUCAAGGACACUGCGCAGAAUCUGAAGGAGAAAAUCGUCGGCGAACCGUCGAAGGAGGACCAGGCCGCCGACAAAGUGAAGGAAUACGCGGACAAAGCGGCCGGCCACGCCAAAGACGCCCGUGAGAAGGUCAAUGAGUACUACGAUCAGGCCACGCAGGACUCCAGAGACUUGAGAGAGAAAGCGGGUGAGUGAAAAAUCAAAAAAUAAUUUGGAAUUUUUUGAAAUUUUGAAAUUUAGGUGAUGAUAAAUAGCAAAAAAUGAUUUUUUAUUGUAGUUAGAGUAGUCCUAUCUGGAUUAAACUUGCCAAGAAUUUAUUUUAGACUAUUUGUAGGGUAUUCUGAAAAUCUUAGCUCUUGCUAAGCAACCAUCUCUGAGUUACAGCAAAAAAAAUUUCAAGAAAAAUUUAGGUGAUGAUAAAUAACAAAAAAAGGUUUUUAUUGUAGUUAAAGUAGUUGGAUCUGGAUGAGAUUUGACAGAAAUUUAUUUCAGACUGUUUAUAGGGUAUUCUGAAAAUUUUAGCUUUUGCUAAGCAACCAUCUCUGAGUUAUAGCAAAAAAAUUUCAAGAAAAAUUUAGGUGAUGAUAAAUAGCAAAAAAUGAUUUUUUAUUAUAGUUAAAGUUGUCGGAUCUGGAUCAAACUUUCCAGGAAUUUAUUAUAGACUGUUUAUAGGGUAUUCUGAAAAUUUCAGCUCUUUCUAAGCUACCAUCUCAGAGUUAUAGCAAAAAAAAUUUCAAAAUAUUUCGAAAUUUUUGUUCAAUCCAAAAAAAUUUUUAGAUCGUAUAGUUGAAAAAACAUCCUAGACUUGCAAAAUUUUUUUCUUCGAUUACCGACCAUAGUAAUUUAAAUUUUUUCCUUCUGAAACUUCAAUUUUCCCCUCUCAUUUCUCGUUUUUCAGGCGACAAAUUGAAGGAGGCCGGUGAAAAGCUUCAGUAA